ACAUCACCCAUAGUGCGUAGCUUCAGCACAUUCAGUACAUUCUGCUUAUCCGGGGAUGUCGCACCGCUGCUAUUUUCUCCCUACAGUCCCUCUCACUAUCAGCCCACAGCUCAAGCGGACUGACACGGGUCUCUGGCUGGAAACAGACCGAGAAUAGGACGCCAACCGGAGGCCAAGAAGAAAAAAAACAUGGCCGAACUCGGCGCAGGGAGCCUGCCGUUGGGAGAACCAGUUUUUAGCUACCAGCAGGAACAGGAGCUGAACGAGCGGCUGAAGCGGCUCUACCCGGCUGUGAACGAGGAAGAGACCCCUUUACCCCGAUCCUGGAGCCCCAAGGAUAAAUACAGCUACAUCGGGCUGUCACAGAACAACCUGCGGGUCCACUACAAAGGCCAUGGAAAGAACCAUAAGGAUGCAGCGUCAGUGCGAGCCACUCACCCGAUCCCUGCCGCCUGCGGGAUUUACUACUUCGAAGUGAAGAUUGUCAGUAAAGGUCGAGACGGGUACAUGGGAAUCGGUCUGUCUGCACAGGGAGUCAACAUGAACAGACUGCCUGGAUGGGACAAGCACUCGUACGGUUACCACGGCGACGACGGCCACUCGUUCUGCUCCUCCGGGACGGGCCAGCCGUACGGGCCGACGUUCACCACAGGCGAUGUGAUUGGCUGCUGCGUCAACCUCAUCAACAACACCUGCUUCUACACCAAGAACGGCAUCAGCCUAGGUGUUGCCUUCACGGACCUUCCUCCCAACCUGUACCCCACCGUGGGGCUCCAGACGCCCGGAGAGAUCGUCGACGCUAACUUUGGCCAGCAGCCGUUCGUCUUCGACAUCGAGGACUACAUGAGCGAGUGGCGGGCGAAGAUCCACGGGAUGAUCACCAGCUUCCCGAUCGGUGAGCGGCUGGGGGAGUGGCAAGCCGUCCUGCAGAACAUGGUGUCCAGCUACCUGGUGCAUCAUGGGUAUUGUGCAACUGCAACAGCGUUUGCCAGAGCCACAGAGACCACGAUACAGGAGGACCAGACGUCUAUAAAGAACAGGCAGAGAAUACAGAAGCUGGUUCUGGCGGGUCGGGUCGGCGAAGCCAUCGACGCCACCCAGCAGCUCUACCCAGGUCUGCUGGAACGAAACCCCAACCUGCUCUUCAUGUUGAAGUGUCGGCAGUUUGUGGAAAUGGUGAACGGGACGGACAGCGAGGUUCGCUGCCUGACGGUUCGCUCCCCAAAAUCCCAGGACAGUUACCCCGGCUCCCCCAACCUCAGCCCGCGGCACGCCGCCAGCGGCACGCACGUCCACAGUGGAGGAGCGGAAAGCCCCACCUGCAGUAACGGUGUCGCCGCGCCCAACAAGGCGAAGGUUCAUGGCGGCAGCAGCAUCAAGUACCCGAGCGCCUCCUCCUCCACCUCCUCAUCCAGUUCCUCCUCCCCUUCCUCCAUAAACUACUCCGAGUCCAACUCCUCCGACUCCACCAAGAGCCAGCCGCACAGCGCCAACAGCAACCAGGAAACCAGCGACAGCGAGAUGGAGAUCGAGGCGGAACAUUACACCAACGGCGUGGUGGACGGCUCGUCGGCGCGGAUCAUGAACGGCACGUACCAACAUGAAGAGAUCCUGCAGCCCGACGACAACAGCAUCUGCAAUGGGGUCACAGACGAGGGCCGCAGGAGCAGCAAGCAGCUGUGUGGGGGGAACCAGGCGGCCACAGAGAGGAUGAUCCAGUUCGGACGGGAGCUGCAGGCGCUCAGCGAACAGCUGUGCCACGACUACGGCACCAACAGCACGCACAAGAAGAUGUUACAGGAUGCAUUCAGCCUGCUGGCGUACUCGGACCCCUGGAACUGCCCGGUGGGCCAGCAGUUGGACCCCACGCAGAGAGAGUCGCUCUGCUCCGCUCUCAACAGCGCCAUUCUGGAAUCCCAGAACCUCCCCAAGCAGCCGCCGCUGAUGCUGGCGCUGGGCCAGGCCACCGAGUGCGUCCAGCUCAUGGCCCGGGUCCGGUCCGGUUCCUGCUCCUUCGCCAGGAUAGACAACUUUUUGCACUAGCCCCGCCCCCCCGACCCGGUCAGGUAACUGCUGAGCAGCACUGAGAUGUCCAGCUGGUCGUUGCCAUGGCGACGAAGAGGCGAGCAUGCGUCUGAUUGGAUCAGAGAAGAGAAGGGAAGGAGGCUUCCUAUUUAAUUUAGUAUUAUCAGAUUUAAUAAAUGUGUGACACUAUUUAAAUAUUAUUAUUAUUAUUAUUAUACAGUUUAUUUAGCCGUUUUUCUUUUAGUAUUUUUUUUUUUUUAGUAUUUUUGUCAGUUUGUUGUGCUCAUCCUGGAAAAACUAGUCAUAUUCCCCCCUUUUUUAUUUUGUUAUUAUUAUUGUUAUUUUCUUUUGCUGUAAUGGUUGGACUUCAAUUUCUGUCGUCGAUUUUGUUGUUUCUGUUCUCCCGGAUCUUUCUGAACCAGAACCAGAACCCAUAAGAACCAGAAAUAAUUCAACCCAAACCGGACGAGCUUUAAAUGCUGAGCAAUGUAAAAAUGAGCUUUUAGCGAUUUAUUUCAAAUGGAUUUUACUGCAAACAGCGAUAAUGUUUAGAAACAUGAAUUUAACAAAGUAAAAAAAUUUAAUUAACAUUGGGUCGAAAUUAUUCAUAUAGGCUUUAAUUAACGAAUAAAUCAGCUAAUUUCAGCUUUUUUAGCAACUCAAACCUCAAAAAUAUGUUUUUUUCUGCCGUUGUGUUUUUUUAAGCCUCUUUUUUUUAUGAAGUUUCUUCUUUUAAUCAUAACCCAAACAUUUCCAGGCCCCACAGUAUGAUGCUUCCCCCUCUUUUUGUCUCAUUUAUCGCACUAAGAAGCGGUAAAAUAUAAAUUAUUUUAUUUUAAUUUAUGGAAAA